AUGGAAUCUUUGGAGGCCACUGCUGUCCCUUUGGCUGACCCUGGACUUGUAAUCCUGAUCACUAAUUCCAACGUUAGACAUUCGCUCACAGGAAGCGAGUAUCCCACCAGACGAAAACAAUGUGAGGAGGCAGCAGCCAUUUUGGGCAAGAAAAGUCUAAGAGAGGCUACUUUGCAAGAUUUGGAGGCUGCUAAGGAUCGAUUGGAUGGUGUGACAUACCACCGGGCACGUCAUGUGAUCGAGAAGAAUGAACGCACAGCGCAAGCUGCUGAGGCACUGAAGAGAGGGGAUUACAAAGAGUUUGGGAGGCUGAUGGUGGAGAGCCACAAUUCUCUUAGGGAUAAUUACGAGGUCAGCUGUCCAGAAUUGGAUGAGCUGGUGGCGGCAGCACUGGAAGUGGAUGGAGUGUUCGGGAGUCGGAUGACAGGGGGAGGGUUCGGUGGAUGCACAGUUACUUUGCUUCAGGCUCAUGCCACGGAGAGAGCAGUCAAACACAUUCAGAAAAAAUAUCAUGGAUCUCCAACUACUCCAUCAGAAGGAGCUCAUGCUCUCAGUCUAUAAUUUUUUUUUAAAUCAGUG